AGAGGCAGCGCCAGCGCGGGCCGUCCCGGGAGCGUCGGGAGCAGCGAGCUGGGUUGCGGCCGGGCGGGAGCGGGGUGGAUCGUGCGCCGCUCCCGGAGCGGAGAGAGGAGAGCGGCGCGCGGCGCGGCGCGGCGCGGCCCGGCUGGCCGAGACUUCUUCCCUUGCAGUGGAAUUGCUUUUUGUGGACUGUGCUCAAGUGCUGUCGUCCACCUAGACAGAAGAAACUGCAGGAUCAGAGCCUUGGACUGUACACUAGGAAAAAUCAUCCACUGAGACGUCACUCCUAUCGCUGCACACUUACCUGGUAUACAGAAUCUGCUAGCUGACUUCUUCUGGAGGGGAUUCUCCAACAACCAUGGGUGGUCUCUCAAAACCAGCCUCCUGAAGUGUAUUGUUCAGACUCUCCAUUUGCCAGUUCCCUGCCUGGGCAGUGAUAAACAUGGGCAGUGUGUUCCUAACAGAAAACAAAGCCAACUCUGUGUUAAAAAGAUACCCAAGAGCCAAUGGAUUUUUGGAAGAGAUAAAGCAAGGAAACAUAGAGCGUGAAUGCAGCGAAGAAAUCUGUACCUAUGAGGAAGCAAGAGAAGCUUUUGAAAACGAUGAGAAGACAAGGGAGUUCUGGAAAGGCUACCCAAAUGGACUCCAGGGAGAAAGUAACAAAGGACAUAAUUGGUAUUCAUUUUACCUCGCAUUUCCAUUAAUCAUUGGCCUUUUUGUUAUCCUCCUUAUCAUAUUUCUCACAUGGAGAUGCCUGUUUAAAAAGAAAAUCCGUAGACAGUCUGUAUACAUGCAUAGGGGAGCCCGCGAAGCCAUUGGUGAUAAUGCUGUGACUGAUGGUAGAAGUCCUCUUCCCCAGCCGCUCAGCAUUGUUCAUUCCCCACAGGAAGAAAUGUAUGAAGGCAGUGGGCUGUCUCCGGGAUAUUUGGGCUCUCCGGAUGGACGUUCAGACUCAAUAUCAACAAGGCUGUCAAACGGUGACCCUCCUCCUUCAUACGAGGAAGCCACUGCCGAAGCCAGCAUAAGAAAUGAAAUGGAGCAUCACUUAGAUCCACCCCCACAGUAUGAAGACAUUGUAAACUCCAGUUCAGCGAGUGCUUUUGCAGUACCUCCUGUUGUCACCAGUAUUAAGUAAAGCAGGAAAAAUAUGAGCAACUUUUAAAAAUUACUAAUAAGAGAAUUUUGUAGCACUUUAUUGCAGCUUACUACCGUUUAUAUAAUUUAAUGGACUCAUACUGUGUACCUCUGCCCUGUUUUGUUCCCUCUGCGUGUGUUCCCAUGGCAGUUUUAAAGAUGGGGAAUCCAUACUGAGAGCAUGAAGCAGGUACAAAUGUGGUCUUCUGUGCAUACCUCUCAAAUGUCCCUCAGUUUUGAGGGUUGUCAUUUUAUUUUAUUCUGAAUGUUGCCUACGUUCCACACACAUUUGAUGACACCUCCCUUUUAGUGGUGAAAAUUAUUUACAUCAGAAUCUAACACUGGUGAGAGAAAGUUAUUUAAACCAAAGGGCCCUGUCCUACAGCAUUUUAAGUUUCUUGCAUGAAUAUUUUCUUUCAUUUAGGGUCUUUGUCACACAUUGUAUCCUACACUUGGGCCUUGGAAGGCUGAGAAGUAUUUGUAUGUGUGAACAAACAUCAACAUAGCAUAUUCACCCAGUUUAAAUAUGAUACUUAAGGGAUUGCAGUAAGUGAGACUAAGAUAUUUUGGAACACAUCAGCUGUAUUUGUACAGAGGGCAGUAAUUAAGUGAAUUUUGCAGUUGGAAAAAACGAUAGCCUAAUGUUCUUAUCCCCUCUGUUCUCCAUCCUUCCCUCCAGCUAGUCAUAGAAUCAUAGAAUAUCAGGGUUGGAAGGGACCUCAGGAGGUCAUCUAGUCCAAUCCCCUGCUCAAAGCAGCACCAAUCCCCAACUAAAUCAUCCCAGCCAGGGCAGUGUCAAGCCUGACCUUAAAGCUUCUAAGGAAGGAGAUUCCACCACCUCCCUAGGUAACCUAUUCCAGUGCUUCACCACCCUCCUGGUGAAAAAGUUCUUCCUAAUAUCCAACCUAAACCUCCCCCACUGCAACUUGAGACCAUUACUCCUUGUUCUGUCAUCUGCUACCACUGAGAACAGUCUAGAUCCAUCCUCUUUGGAACCCCCUUUCCGGUAGUUGAAAGCAACUAUCAACUCCCCCCUCAUUCUUUUCUUCCGCAGACUAAACAAUCCCAGUUCCCUCAGCCUCUCCUCAUAAGUCAUGUGUUCCAGUCCCCUAAUCAUUUUUGUUGCCCUCCACUGGACGUUUUCCAAUUUUUCCACAUCCUUCUUGUAGUGUGGGGCCCAAAACUGGAUAUAGUACUCCAGAUGAGGCCUCACCAAUGUCGAAUAGAGGGGAACAGCUAGUCCUGUUUAUGAUGAUAUCUUGUUUCUGGAACAUCUGAUUUUUUUUUUCCCUUUAAGUGAAUUCAGUUCUUGUGAAAAGUACUAGAUUGACAGCUCUAGAAAUUAAAGUUCCCUCUGCACUGCAGAACAGUUAAUGCACUGCCUCUGGGUACACAGUACCAAACCAGUGUGCCUCAUUACUGACAUGCAGAAACCGCCUAGAAGGGGAUGAUCAUAGUUUACUCUUCAUGCCAACACAAAUAGCAGUCUCUUCUGAGCCUGCCAACAGGCUGCCAGUUGCAAUAGUGUCUUUUAUUUAUGUGGCUUUCUUUCCCCUACGAAAUGCAUGGUGAUCACUCAUUUCACAUAGACCAUUAAGCAGUUGUCAGAUAAUCUCUGGUCAUUUCCAGUCUGCUCUGGAUUUAUGCCAAUGACUGAAAGUUGUAAUGUUCAGUAUUCCACUACCAGUCUCUUGAGCCAGCCAAACCCCUAUUUUAAUUAUCUAAUGUUCUGAACUAAAAUGUGUUGCAACAUCAUGCAGAUAUUUUUUGCAAUAAAGAAAUAAUGCUUGUCCUUUGAAAUAAAGAGAUCAAAUGUUCGCAGUGAUUUUUGAUAACUAUGCUGUUAAUUGAAGACUCCACACAAGCACAAUUUUAAAUUCACUGGCCAAAAGUCUCAGUUAAUGCAAUUUACAUGGCUAAAAAAAAAAAAACUUUGCAUAAAGCAGUCAUUUAAAAUGUUCUUUCCUCUGCUAAGACAAUACGUGCUUUUUCUCGUUUGCUGGAAUGAUUCCAAAUUACAAAAAUUAUUUUUUUAGCUUUAAAAGUUAAGGGUUCGAUUUAAAUGUAACAAAUUAUCUAACUUUUAUUUUAUGCUUGGCCUUUCUGAUCUGAUUAAAAUGACAAUUUGUCUUGUAGUGGUUCUUAUAAAGCUUUAUUUUUUCAAAAUAUAGCUUCUACUUUUUCUUCAAUUGUAAUUACAUUGUCCCGCAAUAAAUGUGAUGGUAUGAUUUACAGCCUUACCUCUCUGAAUGUUUAAAAGUAAGAACAUGCAGUACUGUCUUGACUGACUGCCAGAAAAUUCAGGGUAUUGCACUCCCUGCUUUGACUGUAACACUGAGAGGUGAAUCUUGUACAGAACUAAAAUGAUUUGUUUACUAAUGACCAACAUGGAGAUGGGUGACUUGUUUAAGAAAUUAUGGAAAUCAGAUGAUUUAGAGAUUGUUUAAUUUUGGACACCUGUGGGGAGGUAGUUCCAUCUUCACUGCGUGUAAAUAACGUAUUUGAUUACAGUAUUAAAUAUUUUUUAAAGAUCUGGUUUACAUUAAAUUAUGGUAUUUAAACAUUUUGCUUAUGUUUAUAGAAGAUUUUUUGUUAAUGUUUUUGGCAUGCUAAAUAAAGCUAUUCUUAAAUCCUU